AUGAGAGCGUGUCGGCUGCUUCGUUUGCCAAGACCUCUCAGAAGGCUGUAUUCAACGGAUGCGCCAAAUUUGGGGGCUCAACUUCGCGACAGCUCGAAGUUUGUGACGUUUAAGUCCGUUACAAAUUUGAAGGCAGUUUCGUCACCAGAUUAUAUAUCCACGGCUAAUUCGAAGUUACAGUCGCUUAUUUGGCAUCGGCCACUGCAGAACGUUUUUGUUACUAAGAAACCUUGGACCACGAUCACUCGGGAAGCCAUGGUCAAGUUCAUUACGCACUUGCACGAUUCAUACCCGGAAAUUAAUGUGAUAGUUCAGCACGACGUUGCCGAAGAGAUCGCCCAGGAUUUCCAGUCAAUGCCCAAAUCCAACCCCGGAGAGCCUCAUGUCCUGUUCACUGGUGAAACCAGCGAUAUUGUCGAAAAGACGGAUCUACUUGUGACGUUGGGCGGUGACGGAACGAUUUUGCAUGCGGUGUCGAUGUUUAAAAAUGGCCAAGUUCCGCCGGUUCUGGCUUUCUCUUUGGGAACUCUCGGGUUUUUACUACCCUUUGAUUUCCAAGAUCACAAGCAGGUGUUCGAAAAAGUGUUGAAUGGGCGCGCCAAAUGCUUGCACAGGACACGGCUCGAGUGCUACGUAAAAAAAGCAAAUACUGCAACAGUGGGUGAAAAGACUUCUGCGAUGACUUUACCCUCGACCAUAGCGCAUCAUGCGAUGAACGAUAUCUUUUUGCACAGGGGAAACUCGCCUCACUUGACCAACCUGGACAUAUUUAUUGAUGGUGAAUUUCUUACAAGGACGACCGCCGACGGUGUUACGCUCGCUACCCCUACGGGGUCAACAGCGUAUUCGCUUUCCGCAGGAGGAAGUAUAGUUUCACCGCUAGUUCCGUCGAUUUUACUCACUCCGAUUUGCCCCAGGUCGCUGUCAUUCCGACCACUAAUUCUUCCGCAUUCUUCGCAUAUUAAAAUCAAGAUUGGCGCGAAAAGCACGCAAUUCCCGGAAACUAAAGUUGUUCGACUUUCCAUUGACGGAGUUCCACAAGAGGACUUAAACGUCGGCGACGAGAUUCAUGUUGUCAACGAAGUGGGGACCAUUUACGUCAACGGGUCUCAGUUACCCAGCAUGGGGAACAAGGAAGCACUCAAGCGCCAAGACAAAAGUAUUCGUAAUGCCGGAAUCUACUGCGUCGCGAGAACUGAAAACGAUUGGACAAGAGGGCUGAACGAGCUUCUGGGUUUCAAUUCCAGUUUCUGCUUUUCGCGUAAACAUAAAAGUUAA